AUAGAACGAAUAUGAAUAUUCAAUAGUGAAUAAAAGCGUGGUUUAAUAAAUUAAAAAAAAAUAAGUUUAAAACAUUUGAAAAUAUACGUGUAAUGGUUUAGAAUAGAAAUCAAUUGUUCAGUAUAUUUGAAUGAAGUUAGAGAGAAGCUGUAACGCGCUCGACAGUAGAGACACACUUUGACCAUCUGAACAAAGAUGGCGGCAAAUGCUGUGAACGGUACGUUAGAACAAAGCUGUAACUCGAGUCCAACCAAAGAAAACAAAACAUCAUCAUCAACGAAUACAGAAGAAAUCGAACAGCAGACUUACGUAAAUGGCACAGCAGUCACAUCUACGGACACGACCGACCUGUCUGAAGAGACAAAGCACAUGGUUCAAACACAGAUGACAUCAUCAUAUUCUCCUUUCUCACAAAAUGGUGAUCAGUCACAAACAACAAAUCAACAAAGGAUAGAGCAAAAAGAAUGUAUAGCAUUUUCUUCACCUGUAGUUACAAACAAUGGUGUAGAGCAACAAACUCAAACAGAUUUAGAACCAGAAGUAACAUCAGGCACACAAGGACAAGCGUCUACUCAAACAAGCACAGAAUCUUCAAAAAAUAAUCAACCAAAGAGAUUGCAUGUUAGCAAUAUUCCUUUUCGUUUCAGAGAUCCUGAUUUACGUCAACUUUUUGGGCAAUAUGGUCCAAUUUUGGAUGUAGAAAUAAUUUUCAAUGAGAGGGGGUCAAAGGGAUUCGGUUUUGUAACUUUCGCAAAUAGCGUGGAUGCUGAUCGCGCACGAGAGCAAUUGAACGGCACGGUGGUUGAGGGACGCAAAAUAGAGGUGAACAAUGCAACAGCCAGAGUACAAACAAAAAAGACUCCAACAAUACCAAAUGCUGCAGCUUUGAAGUUACCCACUAGAAGUGAUGUUCAUGUGCAAUGCAUGUCUCCCCUUGCUUUGCCAGUGGCUGCCUUACGUGGUGUAGCCAUACAAAGGGGUCGUGCACGGGGAGCACUUGCCACAGCAUUUGCUAGACAUGCUUCACCAUUAUCAGCAGCAGCUGCUGCAACUGCCCUUCAUGGUUAUACUCCUGUAUAUCAAGAUCCUUUUUUAGCAUAUGCAGGUGCAGAAAGAUAUCAAUUACCAGCUACAUAUGCAGCAAGUGCAGCAUAUACUGCAGCAGCUGCAAGAAGUUAUGCAGCGGCAGCUGCAGCAGCUCAACCAGUAUCAUAUGCAGCAGUAGCAGGGUCUCCAUCGUUAUAUUACAGUUAUGGACGUGAAUAUACAGAUCCAUACCUGGGUCACAGUAUAGGUCCAGUAGCAGGAUAUGGGGCUGCAGUGUACAGAAGUGGAUAUAACAGAUUUACACCUUAUUAGAAUGAUCAUAAAUUUUUAUGAACGAAAAUUCAGUGAUACUUGCUACAAGUCAUUACAGAAUGACAAAAAACUGCACAGUAUCCCAUAUUGCCUUUUAAACCAUACUAACUUGAUCUUUAGAUUGGAAUUUACAUUUUAAUAUUGUUUGAUAUCAAUAGUAGAAUAUAGAAUAGGCAAUUUCAUUCGUACAUGAAAGAAGAAAGAUAAAAGCUAUUUUUUUAGGUUCUGACAUUUUUAAUGACAGGUAAAUAAUUCAUUUUGUAAAUUUUAUAAUGAAUUAAAAAAGCAAGAGAUGAAAGAAUCUAAGUUUCAAGUUUGUAUGGGAAAAUAUUUGCACACUACUUUCACUAUUUAUUCUUGCUCCGUUUUAAGAGAUUGCACAAUUUCUUACUUAUUUGUAGUAGUAGUGUGGGUAAUAUGUUAAAUAUUUUCCCACCUGAUCAUACACAAAUUAUUUAAAAGACAAUGAAUUCAAAUGAUUUUGAUAUAGCUUUUUUCAACGUAAAAUUAUGCUCGGUUAAAACUGAAUUAGUGUUUAAUAUUUGAACAAUUGACUUAUUAUUAUAAUGUAAAGUAUUAUUGUCCCUAGUCUUUUGGACAUUACUAAAUGUUGUGGCUUUGUAAAUCUUGCCAUCUUUUAUGUAACUUAUCAUUUUUUCCCAAAAUGGGAAUACUGUUGUUAUUGAAAACUGACCAUUGUUAAAAUGUUCAUAUCUUAAGAACUAUUGCAGGAAAAUGGCUUUUGCUCUAGUUGUUGAUGGGCAAAUAGAAACAUCAGCUUGUUCAGCUGUUCUUGAGCAAAAAUCAUUUUUUCUUGUAAAUUACCAUUUGUUGAAUUUUUUUUUCGUUACAGAGCUUUAAUUCAUAUCAUACGAUCAUUCGAGAAUCUCAUUUCAUUCUGUCAAAAACAUUGUUUUGAAACAUGAAUAUCGCGAUAGGAGUUUUGGCUGAUUUAUUCUUGUACAAUGUGUAGCUCAAUGUUUGUUUAUAAAUGGCAGCUGUUGUCACGCAGCUUUUUAAGAUCAUCUGUUUCCAAAAACAUGUAUUUGUAAUGUAAUGUAAUUGAAUAUUAAAUUACCAAUAUGGGAAAGAUUAUUGUAGAAUAUCUUUCCAAGUGGCACAUUUUAACGCAGACUAUUAUAUAAAAAAAAUUAUUUUAUAUUUUUUGUAGGUAAGUUUUCUUAUUUAGAAAACUUGGCUAAUAGGACUAUUUGUAAAUUUUAUUGAUGAUUAAACUCAUUUGGUAACUAUAUAGCAGAGCACCGAUUAUCCACAGUAAUUGGGGCGGGACAAUUUCGGACAACAGAUCACAUUUGGUAGGAAAAGAAUAAAAAAUAAAAAAACUUAAAUAAACUAUUAAUUCUAGGAUGAUAAAAAAAUGUUAAACCAUAGAAAAGUACUGCUUAGAAGACUGUGACUUAUUAAUCCUGUUUUUCUAUUUGCUCUACAAUAAAUAAAACCUAAAACUUGUGUUGAUAGAGAGAUCCAGAAGAUCGUUAUUGUGUAAAAACUUUGUAAUGUUUGGAAUUAAAUACUUUCAAAAAUUGAUUUCGGAUAAUCGACACUCUGCUGUAAUUGUAAUUUUAUUUAUAGUUAUCAUCACUGAAAUGAGCAAAAGUAUCUUUUCAUUAAUUGAAAACGUUUUAAAUUGAACUAGAAAUUUUUAUUUAUAAGUGAAAAAAUUAUAUAUAUAUGUAUUUAAAGAAAUUUAUUUUCAUUCACCACAUGGUAUUAUUUGCAUGCCAGUAAAAUAAAAGUGCAUGUCCUGAAGAAACAGUAUUAUUGCAGAGAGAAGUGAUUGAUUAUUGUGCACUUUAUGAUAUAAAAAUAAUCUGUAAUCUAAAUUCAUUUGUGGAUACAAAACAAAAACUAGAGCCAAUAUCCAGGAAUUUACUGGAUCAAGAUAUAUAUAUACUCAUCUAUACAAUAUAUGCCCUCCAUAAUUAUUUUCAGGUAUUUUUUUUUAUUCUGUUUGAAUUGUGGAUUCAGUAAUUGUGUUUAGAUUUUUUAUAGCAUUGUUAAUGUGUCAAAAUGGCCUUGUUGCUGUUUUAUGGAACCUUCCAUCAUUGUUUGUGCUAUGUUCUGUAAAGUGGUGGUAUAAGUUAAUGUGUCACAAAAUUUUUAUUUAUUCAUGCUAUUAAAGCAACAAAGGUUAUUGUACCGUCUGUUAAAUAUUUGAAUCUCGUUAUUUACAUUCUGUAAACACUAUGAUGGAGUAUAAUGUAUCAAUUGUCAAUAAUCUGUCAAAAUAAAAAUUCUCAUUAUGUGAUUA